AUGUUCCGUACCGCCGUUCUCCGAUCCGUCGCCCGCGUCGCCGCCCGACCCGCCGCCGUGACAAGAUUCGCCGUCGCUGCCCCCCGCGCCGCUACCGCCGUCGUCGUCCCCAAGAUCCAGAGCUUCCAGGGUGUGCGGUUUUACAGCGCCGGCGGUGCGCUCAACAAGGAGGAGGUCGAGGGCCGCAUCAUGAGCUUGCUGCAGGGCUUUGACAAGGUCAACGAUGUCUCCAACAUCAAGCCCUCCGCUCACUUCGCCAACGACCUCGGCCUCGACUCUCUCGACACCGUCGAGGUCGUCAUGGCCAUCGAGGAGGAGUUCAGCAUCGAGAUCCCCGACAAGGAUGCCGACUCCAUCCACUCCGUCAGCCAGGCUGUCGAGUACAUCCUCCACCAGCCCGACGCCAACUAA